UGAGGGCAGAAGAGCACUCUCAGGGCACUGGUACCCAGCACUGAGUAGAACUGUUCUUCCAGCUGAAAAUGGGGUGCAGUGGCAAGAGUUUGCUCCUGGCUGCUCUGAUGUCAGUGCUGCUGCUCCACCUCUGCAGGCAGUCAGAAGCAGCAAGCAGCUUUGACUGUUGUCUCAGAUACACAAGACACGUGCUUAGCCCCAAACUUAUUGUGGGCUUCACACAGCAGCUGGCCAGUGAAGCUUGUGACAUUGAUGCAAUCAUCUUUCAUACAAAGAAGAGACUAUCUGUGUGUGCGGACCCGAAGAAGGGUUGGGUGAAGAGGGCCGUGCUUGUUCUCAGUCAAAAAGUCAAGAAGAUGUAAAAAUGUAUGCACUUUCAGAAUGAAAUUGGACACAGCCCAAGAACAAAAAGAACCUGGGUGGAAUUGGAGGUUUCACCAGCGCAUCAUUUAGCUCUUACCUGAUUCACGCCUUAUUGGACUGGUCCAGUUGAUGAAGUUGAUUCAUAUUGCAUCAUAGUUUGCUUUGUUUAAGCAUCAUAUUGAAGUUAAGCUCUAUUUUAUGUAUUUAUAGCCGAAGGUUUUUUGUGUUCAGAUAUUUAUACUAAUUUCUCAUAAGCUAUGGCUCAGUGUAAUGUAUAACUAUAUUUGGAGGAGUACAAUUAUAUGGGUCUUGCAAGUAGUAAUCUAUUUUUUUGAAAUCUAAUUUCCUCUGUGUAUAUAAUUUUGUUUCCUAAAUUGCUCCAAAUUGUCUUAUAAAAGAGAAAAGUGAUUGUAGAAUGGUAAAUACUGAAAAUAAAAGAAUUGAAAAUUGA